AUGGAUGUCAUCACCUCUGAGGUCGUCUACACAACGGUCACAAGCUGCCCAGUAGCGAGCACAACUCACACCAUGGGAGGAAGCACUUCGAUUGAGGUUGUUACCAGCGUCUCUACCUUCCUCACAACGGAUACUGUGACUAUCUGCACGAGAUGCACUGCUACGACCCCCUCGUUCACACCUGCAUCUAGCACCCCCGCUGCUGCUACCACCACUGCUACUGGCUCGGCUGUCAACACGCCUUCUAACUCGGGCUCCAGCGCCGCUGCUAGCACCCAGUCUUCCGCCGUCAGCUCGCCUGCUCCUACGACUAUGGUCACAUUGAAAGCUUCGACCGCGGCUCCCCAUCCGACACAGAUACUAAGCUGA